AUGUGGAUCCCGCACCAUGCCCGUCUCCGACACCGGCCCGUCGCAGUUUCAGGGAGUGAAGAAGAGAGAGCGCAGUCCUUGUCGUGCUCGGCGCAGGGCCGGAGACAGGCAGUGGGGUCAGGAGCAGCGACGGGAGACUCUCCACUGACGCUCCCUCUCUCCGCACGACAGCAGAAGGUCGUGGACGAGUGUCAGGACCAGCGAUCCUGCCAGCUGCCGGUGAACAGCCGCGUGUUCGGACUGGACCCCUGUCCCGGCACCAGCAAGUACCUGAUCGUGUCCUACAAGUGCAGGCCAGAGAAUCACCGCAGCAAGCUGGCGUGUGAGAACGACAGGCUCCGGCUGGUGUGCCGGAACGACACGGUGCUGGCCAUCUACUCCGCCACCUUCGGACACCUGCUGCACGGGAGCCCGCAGUGCCCGGACGAGCCGGCCUCCGGGCCGGACAUGGAGUGUCUGUCCCCGUCGGCUCUGAGGAAGGUGUCUCGCAGGUGUCACGGGAGACCGAACUGCUCGGUACUCGCGGACACGCAGAGCUUCGGCGACCCCUGUUUUCCGGGGAUGAAGAAGCACCUCCGUGUGUCCUAUGCAUGUGUGCCCAGAGUUCUCCUGGAGGAGCUGGGACGGGGCUCUCCAGACCCUUUCUCCAUCUCCGACUACACUCACGGAGGCUGGUACACUGGCCCCGGAGUGUCCAGGCUUCAUGGGAAGGUGGUGGUUUUUACCAGUGCUUUGGAGGUCUUUGCCCGAGUCUGGGGCCUGCCCGAGACGGUGGCCCUGUACUUCGUCUCGGGGAUCUGCGCCGGCCUGGUCUUCCUCCUGUGCGUGUUCGGGCUGAAGUCCAUGGUGCUGCGGGACGCGAAGAGCCUGUGGCUGGAGCUCGAGGUGGCCCGGAAGGCCCGCCUGGCCCGGAAGGCGGCGGCGCUGGCGCCGGCCCGGCGGGAGCUGAUGGCGGACCUGGAGGACGACAGCUCCUCCGACUCCUCGUUCCGCCGCCUGACCUGGGCCUACCGCACGGCCGACACCCUCUUCAGCUCCGAGCUGACCGUGGAAAUGGAGGAGAGGGGCGACGGCAAGGAGCUGCAGGAGGGGGACAUGUGGCUGCCGGGCGACUCCAGCCCCUACGCCAUCCACAAGAUCCAGGCCUCCGGCCCCUAGGGAGCGGCACGCCGGAGUUCUGGGACAGCCGGGCUCGGAGUGACCCAGAUCAGCUCAUCACGGGCUCAACGGGACCCCUUUAACAGCUUCUCCCAGCUUCUCUUCAGGGGCUGGAGCCUCAGAGACGCCUGCAGGACCUGGAGACACGCUGCAGUCCAGCCGGAUCGGGACCGGAGAGCCCCACCGCAAAGAAAGAGACGUAAAAAAACCCACCCGGAAACCUCUUGAGCGCUGAAACUUUAUUUCUGUGAAGAAGGCAUGAGAAUUAUUAUUACUAUUAUUAUUGCAUGGUUUGUGAGCAUUUGUCUAACAAAAAAAAAUUAAAAGCCUUUGUUUACAAUUAACAACUGUAUGUGAUGUACAGUAGCUGUACAGUUGUCUCAGAGUUUAACAUGAACUUCAAUGCUACAGAUAUUGAAUGGAUUAAUAAAGUACUGAACUGGUUAACAUUUCUCUGGUGCCUAAAACGUUAAAUCAAAAUUAUGGUAUGAAUUAUUUCUUUAAUAUUUUUUGUACCUAAAUCAGCAAUUAGUUUUGUUUUUUUAAUGUGGUACCAUAAAGCACAGUUAAAAUGCAAAAUGCAUUAUCUGCAGCUCUUGUUAAAUCAUGAACAUGUAAAAAGUAUUUUAUAUAUUGACCUUUUAAUAUUUCCCUCAUGUUUUUUCACUUAUUACUUGCUUUGUAUUGGGGAAAAAAACAAUUCUAAAUAUAAUAAAUAAAACUAAUAAUAUGUG